ACCGAGGGCGCAUGCGCGAGGGCUGCGCCCGCGACUCAGUCUCCACGGAGCCUGGGCGGGAGUAGCGGGUGGGCCCAGUGGAGCCUCCGAACUUCCGGAACUCAGCCGCGACCCCUUCCCAGCUUCCCGUCCGCUCCGCCGCAGCGAUUGUCUCGGUGGGUUGAUUCGGCACAAACCGCCCGACCCAGGGGCUGGUGCGCGUGUGGAAGGGGAAGCACUCCCCUCGUGGUCGCCUGGAGGUGCGCUGGAGGAGGAGGUGAAGUAUCCAGGGACUCGAGGUCCGCUGUGGGAAUGAUCCACGAACUGCUCUUGGCUCUGAGCGGGUACCCUGGGUCUAUUUUCACCUGGAACAAGCGGAGUGGCCUGCAGGUAUCACAGGACUUCCCUUUCCUCCACCCCAGUGAGACCAGUGUCCUGAAUCGACUCUGCCGGCUCGGCACAGACUAUAUUCGCUUCACUGAGUUCAUUGAACAGUACACGGGCCAUGUGCAACAACAGGAUCACCAUCCAUCUCAGCAGGGCCAAGGUGGGUUACAUGGAAUCUACCUGAGGGCCUUCUGCACAGGGCUGGAUUCUGUUUUGCAGCCUUAUCGCCAAGCACUGCUUGAUUUGGAACAAGAGUUCCUGGGUGAUCCCCAUCUCUCCAUAUCACAUGUCAACUACUCCCUAGACCAGUUUCAGCUUCUUUUUCCCUCUGUGAUGGUUGUAGUGGAACAAAUUAAAAGUCAAAAGAUUCAUGGUUGUCAAAUUCUGGAAACAGUCUACAAACACAGCUGUGGGGGGUUGCCUCCUGUUCGAAGUGCACUGGAAAAAAUCCUGGCCGUUUGUCAUGGGGUCAUGUAUAAACAACUCUCAGCCUGGAUGCUCCACGGACUCCUCUUGGACCAGCAUGAAGAAUUCUUUAUCAAACAGGGUCCAUCUUCUGGUAAUGUCAGUGCUCAGCCAGAAGAGGACGAAGAGGAUCUGGGCAUUGGGGGACUGACAGGAAAACAACUGAGAGAACUCCAGGACUUGCGCCUGAUUGAGGAAGAGAACAUGCUGGCACCAUCUCUGAAGCAGUUUUCCCUACGAGUGGAGAUUUUGCCAUCCUACAUUCCAGUGAGGGUUGCUGAAAAAAUCCUAUUUGUUGGAGAAUCUGUCCAGAUGUUUGAGAAUCAAAAUGUGAACCUGACUAGAAAAGGAUCCAUUUUGAAAAACCAGGAAGACACUUUUGCUGCAGAGCUGCACCGUCUCAAGCAGCAGCCGCUCUUCAGCUUGGUGGACUUUGAACAGGUGGUGGAUCGCAUUCGCAGCACUGUGGCUGAGCAUCUCUGGAAGUUGAUGGUAGAAGAAUCCGAUUUACUGGGUCAGCUGAAGAUCAUUAAAGACUUUUACCUUCUGGGACGUGGAGAACUGUUUCAGGCCUUCAUUGACACAGCUCAACACAUGUUAAAAACACCGCCCACUGCAGUAACUGAGCAUGAUGUGAAUGUGGCCUUUCAACAGUCAGCACACAAGGUUUUGCUAGAUGAUGACAACCUUCUCCCUCUGUUGCACUUGACAAUUGAGUAUCACGGAAAGGAGCACAAAGCAGACGCUCCUCAGGCAAGAGAAGGGCCUUCUCGGGAAACUUCUCCCCGGGAGGCCCCUGCAUCUGGCUGGGCAGCCCUAGGUCUUUCCUACAAAGUGCAGUGGCCGCUACACAUUCUCUUCACCCCAGCUGUCCUGGAAAAGUACAAUGUUGUUUUCAAGUACUUACUGAGCGUACGCCGGGUGCAAGCUGAGCUGCAGCACUGCUGGGCCCUACAAAUGCAGCGCAAGCACCUCAAGUCUAACCAGACUGAUGCAAUCAAGUGGCGCCUAAGAAAUCACAUGGCAUUUUUGGUGGAUAAUCUUCAGUACUAUCUCCAGGUAGACGUGUUGGAGUCUCAGUUCUCCCAGCUGCUUCAUCAAAUCAAUUCUACCCGAGACUUUGAAAGCAUCCGAUUGGCUCACGACCACUUCCUGAGCAAUUUGCUGGCUCAAUCCUUUAUCCUAUUGAAACCUGUGUUUCACUGCCUGAAUGAAAUCCUAGAUCUCUGUCACAGUUUUUGUUCGCUGGUCAGUCAGAACCUAGGCCCACUGGAUGAGCGUGGAGCCGCCCAGCUGAGCAUUCUCGUGAAGGGCUUUAGCCGCCAGUCUUCACUCCUAUUCAAGAUUCUCUCCAGUGUUCGGAAUCAUCAGAUCAACUCAGAUUUGGCUCAACUACUGCUACGACUAGAUUAUAACAAAUACUAUACCCAGGCUGGUGGAACUCUGGGCAGUUUCGGGAUGUGAAAAGUUUUGGCUCAUAAACUGAAAUAACAGCCAUGUUCCCAAGUUUGUAACAGAAGAUUCAAAACAAACAUCCCAUUCUAGCCAAACACAAAUAAGUAUCUGUGGCCUAGUGAUAGGACUCUACCUUUUCUCCUGGAAGCAGUUACUGAACAUCCAGGAGUACAAAUCCUUCCCAUCAUUCCCAUGUGGAAAGGCCUGUCCCAUCAAGGAGAACAUGUGGCAUCUCUGAUCCUUUACAUUGAGAACAUUUGUUGGAUAUGUUUGUUUAUUCAAUAGUCAUUUAUUGAGCACCUACUGUACAUGCCUUGGUACUGUUCAAGCUGUGGGAGAUACAGCAGUAAACAAACAAUAUAGAGCAGAAAGUUAAGUAUUUUAUGGUUCAUAUGUGAAAAAGUAAUUAUGUUUAUAAAUAGGCUAACUGCUGGAUGUUACCAUCAAGUAAGAAAGCAACAGGUAGGAUAGGCUUUCUCUCUCCCUAUACCAAGUAGUUUAUACCUACACAGAUUGGGCAAUUCUAGCUAAUGAAAAUAUAUUUAAAGUAUUUCUCAGGCCAGGCACGGUGGCUCACGCCUGUAAUCCCAGCACUUUGGGAGGCCAAGGUGGGUGGAUCACCUGAAGUCAGGAGUUCAAGACCAGCCUGACCAAUAUGCUGAAACCCCGACCCUACUAAAAAUACAAAAAUUAGCCAGGUGUGGCAGCAUGUGCCUAUAAUCUCAGCUACUCAGGAGGCUGAGACAGGAGAAUCACUUGAACCUGGGAGGUAGAGGUUGCAGUGAGCUGAGAUUGUGCAGUUGCACUCCAACCUGGGCAACAAGAGCGAAAUUCCGUCUCAAAAAAAAAACAAAAAAAAAAAAAAACGUAUUCUCCAGGAAAAAGGUCUUUAAGAAAAAAUUGAGAUCAAGUUGUUAGAUUUUUAAAUAGUGAAGACUGCAGGCCCAAUUACCCAUCUUAAGCCAUAGGGGUUGAAGUUAUCUUAAUAUGGCCCAGCCAUCACUGGUAAUCAAUAUUCAUGUCAGUGUGAGUAAAAAUAAAUAUUCAUUGAAUAACGCCCUCCAAAUUGAAAAAGAAUGCAGUGUUCUGGCAUCAGUUUAUAGUCACUGAAUCUGGUCUUCAUCACCACAUCUACACACACAGGGAAGUUCUGACAACCUUAUUCCCUUCUAUUAUCAACUAAAGAUCACCCUUUCCACUGCUAUCUCUAGAGCAGGAGUUGGCAAACUAUGGCCUGCUGCCUGUUUUUGUAAAUACAGUUUCACUGGAACACAGCCAUGCCCAUUUGUUUACCCACUGUCUGUGGUUGCUUUCAUGCCCUCACAGCAAAGGUGAGUAGUUGUGAUGGAUCAAAUGGCCCACAAAGCCUGAAAUAUUUACUCUUUGGCCCUUUACAGAAAAAAACUUGUUGAUCCCUGCUUUAGAGAAUGAGAAGCCAUGAACAGGGAUCAGUGAUGCCAGAGGAAGGGAAGGAACAGCUUCCAGCCAUUGUGACAAUAAUAAUAAUAUUGACUAGAACUUGUAACAUUUCCAAGUGUUCUCACUUGUGCUUCUCAUGUUUAUCUUCCGGAAGGUCAUUCCAUCAAGCUUAUGGUCACUGUCCCUUCAUGGCAGUUGGUCCUUUCGUUCUCCCUUUAGCUCUUAAGUGGGGGAAUACCCACAGGUCAGCUGUUAGUGAUCUCAGCUCUAGAGAGAGAGAGAGCAUGAGGUCUUUCUUCAACUGUCAAGAAACAGAGCUGUGCCCAAUUCUGCUCAACUUUUGGCACAACUGUUAAUCUGGGCCUUCACCUACUUUAAACUGAGUUUUUGCAAGCAUAGCAUUUUAGACACCCUGGAAUAACCUUUUGGGAAUGAUGCCACAGAAUAAAGUACACUCUUAACUUUGCGAUUUCCUUGGCUAGCUGUCCUCCUAAAGUGAAUAAGCCUAUUGAAAACCUCGAGAAAGUACUAUGUCUUGUCAUUUGUUCUGAGAUUAAGCUCAAAGAAACAGAUGAAGAAAUCCCAGUUACUACAACCAAAGAGAUUCAACAUUUAUUUUAUCAUAAAAGAAGUUCAGCAAAUAAAACUAUAUACAAGAUCCAUGCAAGGAAUCCAGUUACACACAAGACACAUUUAAAACCUGGUUAAAACACAAUCUCCACGAUAGCAGGGAAUAAAACCAGUAAGACCAAGUAUCUUUAGUGAGAAACAUAAUCGUGUUUAUAUUUUGGAUGCUGCUUGAAUCCAGUUCUCUCCCCAACAAUGAGGCACUGGAUCACCCAUUCUUGUGACACGACAGGCAGCUGCAAUGCUUCAGCACACUUCAGCACCGAGGCUGGGCAAGAGGGGUCCGUCACCACCACAUCAAAUACCCCUAAAGCAAUAUCUGCAAGGGGCAAGGGAAAGUGAAGAAGGAAAGUACACUCAAUUUAGCCCUCCAUUACAAAGAGAGAUUUGAUUCUAACCAAUACAUCCCACUCUGCACAAACCAAAGCCCUAUUAUGUCAAGCACACUGCUGAUCAAGACCAAAAGUAGAGGUAUAAUCACUAUGUGCUGACCUUGUAGAAAUAUUUAACAAAUAUAUGCCCAGUGCUUCAUUUAUGUUGACUCACCCCUUGAAGGUGGUACUUUUCUUCUCUAAGAAACAUGGAUACGGUCAACCUAUUAGGCCUGAGCCUUGGACCACAAGGCCUGACACCUAGAGGUCUAAGGAGAUCUCUCGAACAAAGAUACACACACACACACACUCAGGUACCUUUGUUAUGGGCACUUGAAUGGUGCUGCUUCACAGAGGCUGCCCCUCCAGUCAUGAGGAUCUCAGACCAGAGCUCCAGGAAGUUCUGCUGUUGGUCUGAUACCAAGAGUACCUUCAGAUUCUGGAAAGGAUUUUCACGGGGUUGCCUAGGAAGGAGGCAGAGAGAUAGCCCUAUGUAAUGGAAAGGACCUUAGCAUGACAAGUAAUAUCCAACAAACUGCCUUUCUGCAAAGGGACUCAUGUACAUCUGAAUGUUUUCAAAACUAAGUGCCCCAUCAGGCAUAGUGUUUCAAGCCUGUAAUCCCAGCACUUUGGGAAGCUGUGGUGGUUGGAUCUCUUGGGCCCGGGAGUUCGACAGCAGCCUGGGCAAUAUGGCGAGACCCCAUCUCUACAAAAAAUAACAGAUUAGCUGGGUAUGGUGGCGAGUGCCUGUAGUCCCAGCAGCUUGGGAGGCUGAGGUAGGAGGAUCGCUUCAGCCUGGGAGGUUGAGCCUGCAGUAAGUCAUCAUUGUGCCACUGUACCCCAGCCUAGGUGACAGAGCAAGACUUCGUCUCAAAAAGCUAAGCCCUGUAUUAGGGUCCCCCUUCUCUUCCUUCUUGCAGUGAAUGACCUGUAUUCCCUGCAAUCCUGGCUUUCUGAUUUCCAUGUUUGUUCUGGGGCUGAGAAUAAUCUAAAUCACGCUCCUGAGCCUAUAUAUUUUUAAUGUUUGCUUAAAACUUAGUUCUCUAACUUUACAGGUUGAGAAUAUUGACCCUAUAUACAAAUCUUCACACAUUUUCAAAAGGUUUCUAGCCAAUGUAACCUAUGGAAAUAAACUAAACUCCUGAAGUCAUUUCAAACCCACUUAAAUUUAUCCUACCGACAUUCCAAUGUCUAGAAAGCUUUACUCUCUCACCUAGAUUCUCUUCCCUCCAAAGCUUGCUGUCUUCCUGUCUAUACAAUUCUGGAUGGGCUUUCAAAUACUUACCAGUCCAGAAUUCUUUGCUCCUCAAGGCUGUACCCAGCCGGCAACAGAUAAUUACGAUAGUUCUGGAGCUGGUUGGCAUGGCAACUAUCAUGGACCCAGACAUGAGACACACAAGGAAUCCCACUGGCAAGGCACAGGAAGUACUUCCGGGUUCGACAAUGCUGAUCCGCAAUCAGAAGACACUGGUAAGCUGUGUUACACUGGAAGAAAAGAAGCAGAGCUAAUGGGUUUGGUGACUUCUGUGGAAAGCUCCUAAGCAGCAGCCAUAGUGAGCCAUGAAGAGCAGAUCUGAAGACUCCCAACUACUACCCAACGUGUGAUUUAGUCUAUCCUUCUGUCCAAGGCCACUCUUCUCACUGAAAGGCCCAAACGAUUUCCAUAGAUGUUCUCUCGGCCUCACCUGCAGCACUCUGAGGACCUAAAUCCUCAAGGGACAAACAAGACCUAUGAACUCAGCCUUUCAGGCUAAGAAUCAGCAACCCUAAUAGGGGUUUCUACUACUAAACAUAAAUAUCAAUCUUCUUUUGUCCCAGCAACAGAACCAGAGCCAUUAACUAACCCAAUGUCCUAACUUCUCUUCCCUAUACACAACAAAAAUUAUAUUUCAUGCAACGACAUUUUGGCAGUUUCUCAGUUCCUAAAAUCUCUGGCUACUUUAUCCAGGUUCCCCAACCCCUCUCAGGCCUCUUCUCACACAGCAAGUUGGCUCUUCUCAUUGCCACUAUAUUAGGUUACACAAAGAAACUCCUCACCUGGGCUUCAUUGAAAUCUUCAAGGAUAUAGCCAGCCCCUGCUCGAAGCUGGGAUUCUGUAUACUGCUUGUUGAAAGGAGGAAUUUCUAAAAAUUCUACAUUAAAAAAAAUAAGAUAAUAA